CUACAUGUACAGGAUUCUCCCUGAACCUUACCAAACAACAUAGGCUACAUCAUGGGGCUCUGCAGCAAACAUUGCAUUCAUGCAAGAGGAGGUGGUGAUAUGUUAUAGCUGGGGUCGCAUGCCUCUCAGACAGGACAGUUCAGACACUGAUGUUGCUCCACUCCUACCGCGGAUCCCACAGCAGACAGGUCGUCCUCAGCGGGGGGGCACCUGCUGUCCCGCUCCGCGCUGCAGUGGCUGUGAGAUGAGAGCAGCCUACAUGAUUAGUGCACAGCUGGAGAGACAGGCAGACCUGUAACACCUGAGCGGACUUCCAACAUUACAGCAUCGCACGCACGGGAGACGCGCGUCAGGGCGACUCUCCAUCCAGAAAUGAUGCCCCGUCUGCCGGGCGGCGGCAGGACAACUUGCGGGACAACUGGCACCUUUUUGUCGGCAUGUUUGGUGUCAGCCUGUCAAGCCCUCCGGAACUGCGGGGAGGUCCAGUGCGGCGAUGGCCACCAGUGCUGUCCGCCCAUCGUCACCGGGAACGGCAGUGUCAGCUCCACGGUGCGCUGCUGCAAGCUCCCCAUCCACAUCUUCUUCGACAACGUCGGCUGGUUUACGCGGAAGCUGUCGGGUAUCCUGAUCCUGCUGCUGCUUUUCGCCAUGGGCUACUUCAUCCAGCGGAUCAUCUGCCCGCGGCCCCGCCGGCACCCGCACCAUGACCGCAGCGAGGAGCCCUCCCUCUUCCACGGGCACGCAUCGGCGUCCCAGGACUCCCUGCUGGACCGGUACCCCGAGUACAGCCUCGGGGACUUCGCCUCCCCGAACCUGCCUGCAUACGACGAGGUCAAAUACUUGCCCACGUAUGAGGAGAGCAUGCAGGAGAUGCACAGAGACCGCUCCGAUGAUAACUUGCUGUCGGAGAGCGAGAGGGGCGGUCAGGGCAGGGUGAGAGCCGCGGGACCGAGAGCUGGAGACCAGAGACGGGAUGUCCUGGAGGUGUCAGGACCGCAACACAGCCCAAGGACAUCUCGGAACUCUGUCUGAGACUGACCACAGACAAUAUAGCAUUCUUAUUUUAAUAUAAUCAGGGUAAUUAUCUUGCAGAGAUAUAAACUCAAGUGCAAUUAUAAUCCUGAAUGUUAAGAAUAAAGGAGGAGGCUGAGAAAAUGUACGUGUUUUGGAAGAUUAUAGCGGAUUACUCGCCUUUUGUAUGCAAAUAACCGCUUGGGUUAAGUAAAGGGAGAUUAUGGGGAGAGAAGGCGGCUGAAAAUUGACGCUCUUUGUGAUGGGGAUGGCUAAUUUGGCUCCGGUACAAUCGCAUUAAGUUUUACUUCAGCACCUCAAUGUUCAGUGGCACCGUGAGACAGUUCUUCUUCUGUCAUAUUCUCGCCCUUUCUUAGUCUUAAUGCUAAAUAUUCAAUUGGACCUGAAAGACCUCGUUUUCUUUUAUUUAUUCUUUAUUGAAUUUGCAUCCAAAAAGAAGAAUAUUUAGAUUUUUUCCCUCAGUAACCUGAAAUGUGGGCUGGAAGAGGGAGUGAAGGGAUGAAUAUUAAUUUUAGUACUUUUUGCAGCACACAUUUUUAUCAGCAGGCUUUAGAGACAGUUAAUUUAUAGCUUAUCAGCAUGAAGGCAAUAUUUUUUCAUUGUGACUCACACACAUGCACACACACACACACACACACCUCACUGGGGGCUGACAGAAGAGAAUUUUAUCAGUGACCUGAGCCGUGUCUGUUACUGCACAAGCUGAAGCCACAGCAGAGAAGUGCAUUUUUUUUUUUUUUUAGCUCUGAUCUUGGGAGCCUUGCUGCCUGAGGCAACAUGUAUCAGUGUCUCCCAGGUUCUGAGUUCAGUAAAAACAAUGGCAGAGAUUACAGCUGGCAUACUGAUAUGGUAUAAGCUGCCAAGGAGCAAAGUUGUGCUUUGAUGAUAGCAUGUCAGACAAGAUCACAACUGCUGCCCCAAGCAGAACGAACACUGUACAGCUCAGACCAAGCAAAGGAAAAAGGCAAAGGGACAUCUAACAGGAAACAAGGGUGAGACAGAGACAGGAGGAAACCUUCAGACCUACUUGUAUGUUCAUCUCAAGUGUGUGACUGUCCUGUGCUACUUUGCAUUUACAACUAAUCAGACAAGAAGUGUCUUUUGUGUUGCUACAAACUGAAAACCAAGUCGACACCACACACACCUCAUUACCUCAGGCUUAAUGGCCUGUUUACCUGGAUUAAAGAAAAAGGUGUACUUGCCAUUAAGUGUCCAUUA